AUGGCGGGCAGGAUGCGCUUUUUGUGCGUGCUGAUUAUCGCCGUGUUUACACUUGUCGAUACCAAUCAAAACAGACGCACAAAACCGUAUAUAGCUGAUGCCGUUGGUAAUAGCUUACCUCCUCCAUCAAGUGUACCAGCAACCGUUGGCAGUCCAGUAAACUUACUAACUCCAGACCGUUAUGAAUUUUAUACUUUCGAUGAAUCCGGCGAACUUGUUAAAAGGUUGAUGACGUUAGAAGAAAUACAGGCUAUAGUAGCUGCAGGUGAAGAAGCUGAUGGUCUAGUCACAUUUGCAAAUGAUAAUAAACCCACUAUAGCAUUUAAUUUUAGUCAACCAUCGUACACAAAAGUUCAUAAUGUAGUUACAAACGUAAAAAAUGUUUUAAAAGCUCAAAUGGAAGCGCACAAAAAUAAACCUAUUGUACAACCUACAUUUGAUACUCCUGACGUAUCUGAUUCUUGGAGUUUGAUAUUGCCUUCCAUAUUUGGGAACACUGGGGCAGAUAUAGUUCCUGAUAAAAUAUCUGGCUCAUUUAUAACUCCAGAAACGGACACCAUUGAAAUUGAUGAUUUAAAUACAGGUUUUGAAACUUCAGAAAGUAAAGAAAGUAACGAGAUACCUAGUGUUUCACCACCUAAAGUUAAUGACAAUUUAAAUAAAAUUCCCGAAACGACUACAUCAACAACGAUUUCUCCAAGUAUAAAAUAUACUAUUUCUUCUACAACUGAACAAUUGGCAACAACUACAAAAAUAUUGCCAGUAACAACUAAACGUCCAAUGAAAAUAACUAAUAAACCUAUAACUACAUCAACCACAAGCAGGUCUCCAGUACUUUCCACUAGUACUUCAUUAAUUUCUGUACUAUCAGAAAAAGAACCAUUAAUUACUGCAAAUAAAACAAUCAAUAAUAAAACUAGUCAAAAUCCUUCGGUAAGCGAUGAUCAUAAGUACUUAAAUCGUACUGUAUUUAAAACAAACACCACACCAAGUUCAACUACUACUAUCAAACCUAUCGAGUAUGAGAAAGUGAGUACAUAUUCCCCUGUAUCUACAAUUGCUUAUAUAACAGAAAAAAACAAGGCACCAAGUCCGGAACAAAAUACUUUGACAAAGAAUGAAUCUUUAAACGUUACCAAAGCGUCAUAUAAUAUUCAAUCUAGCACUACUCCUACUUCUUUAGAUAAAGAUUAUGAAACAAAUCAUUCAACGACUAUAACUACUCAGUCAAUAUCACCAUCUACGUCUGUAACUUCAACAGAAUUAAGUAACAAAGUUGAACAGAAAAAUGAUCAACCACUUGUCAAUAGCUUCGAAAAUAAUGAAAGUCAAGCUUCGUUACCAAUAUUUGAUGUAGCUCAAAGUAUUAGCCAAAUAGCGUCUGAUCUUGGAAGUAAUUUUGCUCCUGUUCCUACUUCUAAUACUUUAUUGGAUUCGACAAGAAUAAAUAAUAUGGAUAUUGAAAGCAAAGAAAAUAUAGAAAUUGAAAUUCCUACAGAAGCAAUCAUCGAAAAUACAAAAACACUUAACCAAAGCAUAGAUGGUAAUCAUUUUGUAAAAAUAUCUACUUUUGAUCCCCACGAUGAAAUUAAGGAAGAUGUAUCGAUUAUCAGAGAAGACGAACAGACUACAAUGUCUUCAAAUGUUGCUAUAACCACUGUUACUACUGGGAUUAUAGACCCUAUUUUAUCAGUAUCAAUGGAUGAUUUAUUGUCACAAGUUGUUCAUGAUAAUCCGGAUCCAACGUCUAUUGUAUUUUCUGAAAAUAAUACCAAAUUGGAUUUCAUUGAUGCAACUACUGAGUCAAAAUUUGUCAUUGAGAAUCUUGAUCAAGAGACAACAACUUUCAAUAUAAAUGACAGACCAACGUUAGAUCCAAACAUGGACCAUUCAACUGAUAUUGAUAUUAGUAAAGAAAAAAACGAUUCAACAAAUAUGACUACAGAAAAUUUACCUAUUAAAAAUAAUAAAUAUAUUCCAGAAACUACAAUCAAUAGCAUAAUCGAUAUUAAUACUACAACAGAAUCUACUGUGAAUUUUAAAGACCUAAACGAAUACGACAAGUUGAAUAAAACUGUAACUCCUACAAUUUAUGCAGAUUUUCAAGAAAAGAAGAGAGUUGCAGAUACUAAUAAUUCUUCACAAAUUAUAUUUAAUACAAGCAUAUUGCAUGAAAAUAUUCCAUCUGCACUUGCGAGUGUAAAUUCAUCAAAUAAUAAAUAUAUCAUUUCAUCAACUUUGUUAAGUAAUAUUUACAAUCAAGGAGUUAACUUAAAUAAUAAAAGCCACGAUUUACCGAAAUUUGAUGAAUUUAAAAAGAAAAUACAAAAAGUGAACAUUGACGACAAAGAAUUAGCUACAGAAAGAAAUAGUUCAUGGAAACUUAUACCCACAGUUCCACCCCCCAAAAUUAAUGAAAUGGUGAAAAACAAACAUAAAGUUGAAGGAUUUUAUAUACCUGAGAAUAAUGAGAAAGACAUUAUUUUAGAAUUUCCUAAAGAAAACCAAGGGCUGGAAGUUACAACUAAACAUUUAGGUGAAGACAUUUUACAAUUCACAACACUUUGCAAUGAAUUGGCUUUUAGGUAUUGGCAGAUUCUAUCAGAAAGUGUGGAUAAAAAGCGAAGUAUUGUUUUUUCACCGUACUCUAUAACAUCUACGUUAGCAAUGAUUUUUAUGGGUGCCAAAGGUGGAACGUCAGGAGAGAUGAAUGAAAUUCUUAAAUUAGAUGAUAUGGUUACCUUUAAUCCUCAUUUCACAUUGAAAAAUAUAUCAGAUUCGAUAGAAACUACUUCGGAAUCAGGUGUAGCUGUAUCUGCAUUUGUACGAGAGCUUUUCAGUGAAAGACAUAAGAGUAAAAUUUUAACAUUCUACAAAGAAAGAGCGCAGCAUUUUUAUAACGGCCAUGUGGAAGAAAUUAAUUUUGAGUUAAUUAGCGAUAUAAUUAGAAGGAGAACAAAUUUACUAGUAAAAAGAUACACUUGGGGGAAAGUUGUGGAAUAUAUAAAAAGUAACAGAAUUAGUAUGAAUCCUCCCCUUGCAUCAUUUUCUGCCAAUAUUUUUGAAACCGAUUGCACUGGCACGUCAACCGAUGGAAGAGAUGGCGAAAUUUAUUUCGUUGUAUCACCUAGUGUUCGACAAAGGCGUCUGGUUCCAGUCCCUGCUGUUGUAUAUAAAACCAACUUUCUGGCUGGCUACGAUCCCAAUUUAGAUGCUACUGCCGCUGCACUCGGAAAUACCAAUUCAAUUAUUAGUACACUGUUCUUAAUGCCAGGUCAACAAGGAAACGUCGUCCACGCGGAUGAUUUGGAAAAGCUCGAAAAGCGUUUAUUGAACUCUAGCCAGAACACAGUACUAUGGAAUGGAUUACUGAGAACACUUUUGCCUAGAAUUGGCUUAGAAUUACAAAUUCCAAGAUUCUCUCAUAAGUCUAUUUUCAAUAUUUCGUCGACAUUAAAGACAAUGGGACUAAAAGAAAUAUUUGAUGCAGAUCACGCUGACUUAGGUGGACUAAAUGGACCAUCAAAGGAUCUUUACUUGUCUGACAUGCUACAGAUGACAACAUUUGCAACUUGUGGGGAAAGCACCAUUGGCGAGCAGCAUCACAUCGAAGAGUACCCAGAUACAUUAGAUUUAUCACAUAAGCAUAGAACUUCCAGGUGGCUUCAUGGCUGGGAUGAGCCUCGAGAUUAUCAACGCGCUUUUCAUGAUCCACAUGAUGUAGGUGACGCUAUGCGCUUGCCUUUACAUCUCCGACCAAGACAAGCAAGGCUUCCUGCGAGAAAUUCUCAAGCAGCUCGAUUAAAAUUCGACAGACCCUUCAUUUUCUUUGUACGACACAAUCCUUCAGGAAUGAUACUUUAUGUAGGACGAUACAAUCCAAGGCUUUUGCCU